AUGAAGCACUCGACGUUGACUGCAUAUGUUCAGCAACUCCAGAAGCAUUUACAAUGGGAUCCUCGUCAAGGUGAGGAAGGACACGAGAAGCAAGUGUUUGUCGAGGCUUUGACUGAGCUUGCUGCUCUACCAUUGGACAGCAUUAGUAUGGAGAUCCGUAGAUUACUUGUAGCCCCUACUAGUGUAGCCAUAACUCAGCAAAGUCUUUCAACUACAGUCAAUACUCAUGCAGUAGCAGCAAAUGAGACAGGAUCAUUGCAUAUACACCAUGUCAUUGCAGCAUUAAGUGCACGUGAUGUGCUACUCAAGUGUAAAGCUGCGAAUGCCGUGGGCUCCUUGUGUAUUUCACGAGUUGCUGGCCAACAAUUGUUGGAUUUGUAUGGAGAUGACAUACUAAAAAGUGUAGCCAAGAUGGCGACACGGAAGAAUCAGUGGGUGCAAGGAGAUGCAUUUUAUGUGCUAGGAUGGAUCGUCGUCAUUGCAGAUAAAGCCAUGUUGAUAUCUAUUGCAGACCUGUUACCGACGGUGAUUAAAUGUUUACAUCGGAAUAUAAAGUUGCCGUUGGAGACGGAAGAUGAAGCUGAUGAUGACAAAGAAACGAGCGACAUUGCGGCACGACGAUCAAAAGUGGCAUUGACAUCGUCGGAACAAGCCUCGAAUUUUCGAGUGUAUGCACUUGUCCUGCUGUUGAAUUUUAGUCAGCGACAUAUACAUGUGUUCGAAAGUCAUCUGGAGAGAUUGCUGCCGAUGUUAAAAGACUUGGUGGUGAAGCUACUUGAGUCUGUGCCGAUAGAUGACGAGUCUAGGACUGCAUCAAUGAUGACGUUCUUUGAUGCAUCCGAGUACGCAGAAGUGCUGAGAUUGACCGUCGCACUUUUAACGAUACUUGCCGAUGAGCUUGACAGUGCUCCUCUUCAACUUUUGGAGCUCAAGGCUCUACCUUUGAUAUUAAAACUCAAGCGGGUUCUCGACUCACCUCAAGUUCGCCAACUUGUUGACGAAACAGACAGCCAAGAUAUCGCAGAGAGACUCGAAGCUGUCGUUGAGACCCUCCUCAAGUGUAGAUAA